AUGUCGACGACCCUCCCACUCUUCUGGAACCUCUCUUCAGGGGACAAAAAAGCGCGCCUGGACGCGUCCGUCAAGCUCAUCGGCGCGCUCGAGCGCUUACAGGCCGCGCACGAGCCGAAGACUUCGAGUCCUGCUUCGGAGGAGGAGUCUGGUGUGGAGGAUGAGGAGGAUGAGGAUGGGGAGGAGGAUAUGGAUGGGGAGGAGGAGGGAGAGGGUGGGAAGGCGUUGAAGGCUGAGAGCGAGAUGUUGAAUAUGUUGAAGACUGAGAGCGAGAUGUUGAAUAUGUUGAAUGCGGGGGAUGUGUCGUAUUCGAUUAGGCGGCUUGUGAGGGGUUUGGCGAGUCCGAGGGAGAGUAGUCGGCUCGGGUUUUCUGUCGCUUUGACAGAGCUUCUCGCGCGCAUCAACACUGUAACAUGCAGCCAGAUCCUCGCCUUCGUCCUCGACGCCUCCCAGAUCGGCUCUUCCCUCUCGGGCCAAGAAGAGCGCGACAUGCUCUUCGCCCGCCUCUUCGGCAUCACGGCCAUCAUCCGGUCCGGCCUGCUCGUGCGCACGCAGCCUCUGCCCUCGUCCGGCAGCUCCGCGCCGGAAGCGAGCUCUCUCCAGGGCUACAAGGACGUCGUGUCGCAGCUGUUGGAGCUGGGCGAGAAAAAGCCGUGGUUGAGGGAGAGCGCGUGGUGGAGCUUGGGUCUGGCCGUGGAGGCGUUGUACAAGAGCGACGUACACUGGAAGGACGAUGCGGUCAAGUUCACGGUCGAGAAGGUGUUCGAGGAGGACAAGGCGUGGAGCCCGGAGAAGAUCGCGCUCGGCGUCAAGAUGCAGGCUCUUUGGCCGAAGCUGGACUGGAGGAAGCUGUAUGCGCCUGGGAUCAAGCACGGAGACGUGUUGCAUAGCGCGAAUAUGGCCACUAUUGCGAAGGUGAUGAAGGAGGUCGAUGAAGAUGAGGAGGAGAACGCGAAGGGAGGGGCAAGGCAGUGGAAGCCGCAGGUCCAUUAUGCGUGGGAUGUGUUGUUGGAUGAGCUUUUGCCGGUUGAGGGGAGUGGGAAGACGCCGAAGGGCUCGUUCCAGGAGUUCUUCAGGAUAGUCGUCGACGAGUCCUUAUUCGCCGCGUCUUCUUCGAAUGGGCGCAAAUACUGGGGCUUUGAGAUCUUCCAGAAAGCUUUACCCCGUAUUCAAGGCUCGGACGUGCCUAUGCUCUUUACCAAGAACUUCAUGCGGACGUGGAUGAACCAUCUGACGCAGAGCGAUCGCUACUUGCACAAGUUCGCGAAGCAGAUUUCUACCAGCAUACACGAGGUCGUGAAGAAAGACCCAAAGAUCGGCUUCGCGUUCGUUCUGCAGCUUACGGGCGUGCACGGCGAUCAACAGUUUGACAAGUUGACUAAGACGAAGACUGUCGAGUCUAUCUUGACGACUAUGGACGUCGAGGGCAUUCAGGGAUACAUCAAGCACUUGCUCUCGCAGGUCGAUGCUAUCAACGGCGAGGACGCGCAAGUCACGAACUCCCGCCGGUCGUGGAUCAUCGAGCAGUUCACGUCGCUCGUCAAGAAUGGGUCUAUACCGAAGGACGACGCGUGGGUCCAGCUCGUGCUGGACUGGCUCGUCGUACACGGGAUCUUCGUCGUAAAGAAGAAGUCCGAGAAGGGCGCCAUCCCCCUCCACGUCCCCUCCCCAGCAUUCACAGACGACCUCCGCAAACAAUCCCGCGACCGUCUCCUCGCCUGUCUCGCCGACCUCACGCUGCACCAGACGACGAUCAAACCCUCCGACGGCAAGACGACAAAAGUCACAGGCGUCGCGUCUGACGGGCGGUACUGGGUCUCGCGCGUCGUAUCUUCUAUCAACCAGCUCGCUCAAGAUACAAAACAUGUCAAGGCUGUUGUGGAGUUUGACGAUGAUGAUAAUGCUGCGCUCGAGAAGGCUGAGGGGGUGUUGAGGGCGUCGAAGGGCGAGGGGGAGGAGAGGCAGGGGGCGGAGCUGUCGUUGGGGUCUGCGGUGUUGUUGCAGAGGGUUGGGGCUGAGGACGCGACGUCGACUCUCGAGACUUGCGCCGACGCCGUCCACAAACUACUCUCCCCGCCCAAAAAGUCGCCUAAAAAGAAAAGCAAGAAGCCCACCCCCGAUACCGACGCAGAAGAAAACGAACCCGAGCCCAUCGACGUUCUGGUGGACAUCAUCAUCGGCUUCCUCGAGAAAUCGACCGCGUUCACGCGCGCGGUGGGCAAUCAAAGCUUUGGAUUGCUUAGUGGGGCUGUGAAGGCUAGUACGCUCGAUUUGGUGCUGGCGCAGUUGGAGAGGAAGGAUCCGGCGGAGUUGUUGGCGGAUAGUGAGAGUGAGGGGGAGGAUGAGGAGGGGAUGGAUGUUGAUGACGACGAGACGGAUGAGAAUGAUGACGACGAGGAUGAUGACGACGAGGAGCUGGAUAUUGAGGAUGACGAGGAGUUGAGAGCGAAGCUUGCUGCUGCACUUGGUGGAGGUGCCGCGGAUGAGGACGACGAGAGUGAGGAGGAAGAAGCGAUGGAUGAUGAGCAGAUGAUGGCUAUCGACGAGCAGCUCGCGGCGAUCUUCAAGGAGCAGGUCAAGAAGGGCAAGUCCCGGGGCGAGAACGAGCAGCGCGAAGCGACACACUUCAAGAAUCGUAUCCUGGACCUACUCGACAUCUUCGUCAAGAAACAGCCAUCCUCUCCACUCGUCAUCUCCAUAAUCCUCCCGCUCGUCGAGCUGGUGUUCACGUCUACACCGGACGAGAAACAAUUGAUCGAGAAGGCUUCCGGUCUACUGAAGUCCCGUAUCGGUAAAGCGAAAGAAGCCGCAACAGGCGUCGACACAACCCUCGCCUCCUCCGUCCUCGAAAACCUGCACGCCCGCGCGCGCAAAGUCCGCGGCUCGGACCCCCUCGCGAUCCUCAGCGCCUGCAGCCUCUACGUCUCCCGCUCCCUCGUACACUCCGGCGCCGAGUCGAAAGUGCUAUCCGCGUACAGCGCGUCGUUGGCCGACUUUGCCGAGAGGAAGGCGUCGGAUCUGAACGUGAAGUUCUUUGAGGAGUUCGUGAAGAGGUUGAGUGGGACUGCGUGGGAGAUGAGGGAGAGCGUUCUGGGUGAGGUUGGGAAGGGCGUCAAUGCGUUUAGGAAGGUGCAGCUUUGGGGGUUGGUGUUGGUGCUGUGCAAUAAUCUUCCUUCAUCGGACGCGCAUAAACAGGAGGUCGUGGAGUUUAUGGGCACGUUGCAUACUGCGCUCUCGACGUUCGUCUUGAAGGAGACGACCGAGCCGAGUCUCACAGCGCCGCAGCUCAAGGAUGUGCUCAAGCUCGCCUUGCAUGCUGCGAGGACCACGAAGAAGUUCGGGUCGAUCGGAGAUGUGUGGAAGGCUGAUGUCUGGGCGGACGUCAAGACGAAGCUGGAGGCGAGCGAGCGGUUCAAGAGCUCGACUGGGCUGCAUGGGAUGGUCGCGCAGCUGAUCGCGCUCGCGUCGGGGAACGGCGAAGCCAAGGGGAAGGAAAAGAAAGAGAAGAAGGCGGCCAAAGCAGAGAAGGGGGCGAAGCAGCAGGAGGCUGCCGCUGAGGGGGAGAAGCCGAAAGCAGACGCCGCCAGCAAGAAGGCGAAGCGGAAGGCUGAGGCUGAGGCGCCUGUUGACGGGGAGCCUGUGAAGAAGAAAAAGGCGAAGAAGAGCGCCAAGGCGGAGAGUUCCUCAUGA